AUGUUAAACAAGAUGACCUCCUCUCAGCAGCAGCAGAUGAUGCGAGGUCCUAGGUGGAACCGGGCCUUGUCCGACCCUUUGUUUGUGCUGCUUCUGGCCCUCCAGCUGCUAGUGGUGGCAGGGCUGGUACGUGCUCAGACGUGCCCCUCUGUCUGCUCCUGUAGUAACCAGUUCAGCAAAGUCAUCUGCACCCGCCGAGGCCUGCGGGAUGUCCCUGAUGGCAUCUCUACCAACACUCGCUACCUGAAUCUGCAAGAAAAUCUCAUUCAGGUCAUAAAGGUGGACAGCUUCAAGCACCUAAGACAUCUGGAGAUCCUGCAGCUGAGCAAAAACCACAUACGCAAAAUUGAGCUGGGCGCCUUCAAUGGACUGGCCAGCCUCAAUACCUUGGAGCUUUUUGAUAACCGCCUCACCACCAUCCCAAACGGGGCAUUUGAGUACCUGUCAAAACUGAAGGAGCUUUGGUUGAGGAAUAACCCCAUAGAGAGCAUUCCCUCCUAUGCUUUCAACAGAGUGCCCUCAUUACGGCGCUUGGACCUUGGGGAGCUCAAACGGCUCUCCUACAUAUCUGAAGGGGCUUUUGAAGGGCUGAGCAAUCUGCGCUACUUAAAUCUGGGAAUGUGCAAUCUGAAGGAAAUUCCCAACCUUAUUCCCCUGGUGAGGCUGGAUGAACUGGAGAUGUCGGGGAACCAACUAUCUGUUAUCCGACCUGGCUCUUUUAAAGGGCUCAUCCAUUUGCAAAAGCUAUGGAUGAUGCAUGCCCAGAUCCAGACCAUAGAAAGGAACUCUUUUGAUGACCUGCAGUCACUAGUGGAGCUCAAUCUAGCCCACAACAACCUUACCCUCCUGCCCCAUGAUCUCUUCACUCCUUUACAUCACCUGGAGAGGGUACACUUGCAUCACAACCCUUGGAAUUGUAACUGUGACAUCCUCUGGCUAAGCUGGUGGCUUAAGGAGAUGGUACCAGCAAACACCAGCUGCUGUGCCCGCUGCAGCUCACCUGCUCACCAUAAGGGACGAUACAUUGGCGAGCUGGACCAGAAUUACUUUCACUGUUAUGCUCCUGUUAUUGUGGAGCCUCCCACAGACCUAAAUGUGACAGAGGGAAGUGCUGCAGAGUUGAAAUGCAGAGCCAGCUCUUUGACUUCAGUAAGCUGGAUUACACCCAAUGGUUCCAUCAUGACACAUGGUGCAUACAAGGUCAGGAUCUCUGUGCUGAAUGACGGCACUCUGAACUUCACUAAUGUUACCAUGCAGGACACAGGCACAUACACAUGUAUGGUCAGUAAUUCUGCAGGUAACACAACAGCAUCUGCCACGCUCAAUGUGUCCUCUACAGAGAACAGCAGCUUCAGCUACUUCACCACAGUGACAGUGGAGACCAUAGAAACGCCACAUAAUGAAGGCUUCACCACUACUGUGCAACAGAAGGUGGGCCCCACCCCCUCCGCUGGUACUUGGGAGUCUGUUUCACCCACCUCUACAACUACCACCACAUUUCGGACCCCACUCGCCACCCGUGCCACAGAAAAGACUUACACAAUUCCGGUCACGGAGGUGGGUGGGGAGGGCUCUCUAAACGGCUUGGAUGAAGUGAUGAAGACAACCAAGAUCAUCAUUGGCUGCUUUGUUGCAAUCACACUCAUGGCAGCUGUCAUGCUGAUUAUCUUCUACAAGAUGCGCAAACAGCACCACCAGCAGAACCACCACGCACCCACACGCACUAUUGAGAUCAUUAAUGUGGAUGAGGACUGUGUAACAGGAGGCCCAGGCAUGGAGGGCCACCUGACUCUGCCUCCUCUCGAGCAUGAGCACCUCAACCACUAUAACACCUACAAGACUGCAUACAACCAUGCCUCCACUAUCAACUCCAUACACAGCUCAGCGCAUGAACCUUUGUUAAUCCGGGCCAGCUCAAAAGACAAUGUACAAGAGACCCAAAUCUAAUACUUUUUUUCAAAAUGAGACAUUAUAAAACUGAUGGAAUUACAUAAAAACAUUAAUGACAGUACAUUACUGAUAAGUGGUUGUGAGGAUUGUGGCUCAAACAUGGAGAGAUACACUCGUGUUUGGCAAAUCAGUGGCUGGUGAUGUUUAUUCAGUGACUUUGGGAAUUAGGGUAUGUCUACUGUUUCAAAAAGUGUCUUUACAAAACAGAAGUUAUUUAUUUAAGAAAAAACUAUUGUGGUUAAAUCAAGAAAAACUGUAUUCUGCAAUUAUUUUUUCAGCACUUAAUUCAUGUUUUUUUCUCCCUCUCAUUUCAUGGGAUUGUUUUACUAAUAUGCUUUCAAACUCUGAAGACAUCUGUCAAAGAAAAACUCUAAUUACCAUUUUUUCUUUUUUGGUAAACUGCAGACUUUGGAUCAGAUGAGAUAGUAACCUAAUUUUCCCCAUGUAUCAAAGGAAUCCAGAGCACAUUAGUGAUUUUCUCCAGCUGUGGAUUAAGUGAUGAAAUCUUUGUGAUCAUGUGUAACUGGGAUGAAUUAAACACUUGUUCUUUAUUUUACAGUGAUUGACAGAACCGUCAGUGAUGAAAUUUGAUCAUAAUUCACUGUUUAAUUAUAUCUGUUACAUACAUUUUAGGCACUCUUGCUCUGUCAUCAAUAGACUGAGGAUCCUAAAUAAGGGAAAUAUGUCCUGCGUUCUGCUAUUGUAAAAGUCAAGGCUCAAUAUUAGAAGUACAUUUUAGUUAAAUUAAAUUCUAUUGAUUAACUAUGAAAGAAACGUACAUUUGUCUUU